AUAGGUUGACGGUAGUCUGGUUCACAGCAUUAUUCCCGUACGUUGUAUUGGGUGUGCUAUUCAUACGAGGUAUAACAUUGCCAGGAUCAGAGAUGGGCAUCGAGUACUAUUUAAAACCGAAUAUCAAAAUGCUGAAGAAAGUGACGAAAACCUUACCAGAGAAGAAUUUUAGUGAUGCGCUAAUCACAAGUGCAAUCAAUUGCGGAACGAGCUUUCUAUCUGGAUUCGUCAUCUUUUCGGUUCUGGGCUAUAUGUCUUGCAAGAGUGGAAAACCAAUUGAUGCAGUAGCCCAAGAAGGCCCAGGUCUUGUCUUUGUUGUGUAUCCAGAAGCUCUGGCAACAAUGCCUUGGGCUCCGGGAUGGUCUGUGCUAUUCUUUCUCAUGCUUAUGACGUUAGGACUCGACAGUUCAUUCGGUGGAUCGGAAGCUAUUAUAACUGCACUCUCGGAUGAGUUUCCCAUUAUCAAACGCAAUCGUGAGAUAUUUAUUGCAUGCCUUUUCUCAUUUUACAUGAUUGUUGGAUUGGCUAUCUGUUCGCAGGGUGGAAUACUUAUUAUGGAAUGGUUAAUUGUGUAUGGCACGACAUGGGGUCUGUUAAUCGCUGUUUUCUGCGAAGUUAUGGUCGUAGCCUACAUUUACGGAAUUCACCAAUUUGUACGCGAUUUGAAGGAAAUGCUUGGAUUCGAACCAGGAUUUUAUUGGAGGAUAUGCUGGAUGCUUCUUGCACCGAUAUUUUUGCUAGUAUGAAU